AUGAGUCUGAAGGAGACUUGUUUGAUUUGCUUAAAAGAAACUCCUAUUGCUCAAAUGUUUCCUAUUGUGAAUAUUGAAACCUGUGAAAAAUUCUUGUCACCUAAACUUGCCAACAUUAUGAUCCAACGAAUCAAGGAAUGUUCUAUUCCUGCUACGGAGAAGGUGUACUGCGCAUUUCCGAGGUGUUCUGCGUUGAUGAAGUGCAUGAAAUGCCAUCAGUUAUUUUGUAUCAAUUGCAAGGUUCCUUGGCACUAUGAUAUGAACUGCUAUGAUUACCAAUCGCUUGCAAUGAAGAAACUAUGGCGCCAGUGUUCCAAGUGCAAACAUAUGGUUGAACUUGAUAGUGGUUGCUGCCACGUCACUUGCAGAUGCGGACAUCAGUUUUGCUAUACUUGCGGAGCUGAAUGGAAGAGUAGAACAUGUUCCCGCGUUCUUCAGGAUGCACAAUAUUGUAUAGCGCCAUUAUAUGCCUAUAAAUCUGAGUUUCUUGAUAACCUUGACACUCGAAUUCGCUCCCUCAGUCAUGGUCCUCAACGAAUUUUGGACAAGCUUAACAACAAUGGAAGAGAGUAG